GUGUUGUCCCGCUCAAGCGUCGGGUUGUUCUACAGGUUGCAGGCCCUUUCGGAAAUUCGAGUCGACGCAAAAUUAAUUAACAACUUGUCAAUAAAUCGCUGCAUAACAAUGAUUGGUUGUUGCAACUUGCAAGCAACCAUAGGCAGUGUGACGUGCGUUUCGCGUCUCCAUUAAGUGAAUACCGGAUCGCUCGACUCCCAGUCAACGGUGGCGGGUCAGAUCCUGCAGGACUCUAGUCAAAACCGAAUCAACUGAUCUAUUGGACCGUCAGGCAUCAAAGCCCCUGUGACUCCUAACGUCGAGUGAGGCUCCAGCCGAUGCCCGCCGCAAAUCAGGGUCGCGCGCUUAUCGACCCUGGUUUGCGUACAGACAGCUCCGCCGCAUUAGCAGGUUCCGACCUGACGGUUGCUAUUUAAUAUGGUUGAAUAUGUGCAGCUCGGCCGGGUUGCACCUCCAACCUCUGCAGAUGCUGUAUCACCCCAGGACGGAACCGCAGACGUAGACAUGUUAGCGACGACGGACAGUCGCGUACCGCUCUUAAGCUCCUCGGACGCCAGUAGUGCUGAAGGGAGUUUCAGAAAUUCUGAUGAAUAUGAUGACGAUCUUCCUGGACAUAGCAGCGAUGGUACAGCAGGCGUUCAACAAGCGGAUGCUAUAAACCUUGUAUGGUCUAGGAAUGCUUUGAUAUUAGCCUACUUCUUCAUCUUCCUAUGUUCAUUCGCCCAAGCUCUGCAGUGGCAGAUCCUUUCGAACCUCACCCCAUAUGUUACCAGCGAGUUUCAUUCGCAUUCCCUUAUCCCGACAAUUGAGAUUGUCUCAUCAAUAUUAAGCGGUGUCCUCAAAUUACCAAUCUCCAAGAUCAUUGAUGCAUGGGGUCGCCCUCAGGGGCUAGCAGCCAUGAUAGUCCUGGCGACUUUAGGAUUAAUCCUCAUGGCAGUUUGCCAAAGCGUUGAGACCUAUGCGGCUGCACAGGUCUUCUAUGCAGUCGGUAUUAGCGGCUUCUCCUAUGUACUGAACAUCAUCGUCGCGGACACCUCGUCGUUGAAAAAUCGCACAUUGGCCUUCGCCUUCCAGAAUACCCCGAGUUUGGUCACUACGGUCAUCGGCCCGCCUAUCGCUAGAGCAUUUUACGAGAAGAGCAGUUGGCGAUGGGGAUUUGCGCUUUCCUCCAUAUUGUUCUUUAUUCUGUCCAUACCUAUCCUCGUCCUUCUGUUGAUGAAUGCGCGUAAGGCGGUGAAGGCUGGACUACUGAAGAAAGAGACAAACGAAGAGAAGUGGUCGUUGCAGAAUAUUCGCCACAACCUUUGGGAAUAUGAUGCUCUUGGACUUGCUUUGGUAACGUUCGGCUUGACCUUUGCAUUCGUGCCCGUAUCACUCGGAGUCGGUGUAGGCGCUGGGGGUGCCUGGAAGCUCGCGCUCCUUAUUGUUGGAAUUCUCUUACUUGUAGCAUUUGCUGUGCACGAGAAGCUUUACGCCCGGCGGCCUGUUAUUUCCGCCAGACUACUCUUUUCACGCAAUGUUGCCGGGUCAUGUCUCCUAUCCAUCUUCAUCUUCGUUGCGUACUUCGCGUGGGAUUCGUACUAUUCCUCUUACCUACAGGUUGUUCAUGGUCUAACUAUCACCGAGGCUGGCUAUAUCAACCACAUCUACGGAUUUGGAUCAACAAUAUGGGCAGUGGUGGUUGGGUACCUUCUCAAAGUUUCUGACCGAUACAAGUGGCUCGCAUGGGUGGCCCUUCCAAUUCAUAUUGCUGGUGGCGUGUCCUUGAUCUUAUUUCGCCGGCCAGAUACACACAUCAGUCUUUUGGUACUGGCUCAGAUCCUCCUUACUGUCGGAGGAAGUACGCUAGUGAUGUGCGACCAAAUGGCAGUGAUGGCUGUGGCGAGUCACGAAGAACUUGCAUCAGUCAUGGCAGUUCUCUCGUUGGCCUACUAUGUUGGUUCCGCUGGAGGCAAUGCAUUGAGCGGUUCAAUAUGGAACAGUGUUCUUCCAACCACGCUCGCAAAACUGCUGCCGAACUUUUCGUCCUCCGAGCUGAAAAUCCUUUGCUCGGACCUGAAGCAGCAACUCAGCUAUCCGAUGGGGUCGCCCACCCGAGAUGCGAUCAUCACAGCAUACAGCACGGCACAAGUCAAAAUGUGUAUCACUGGUGCUGCCAUUUCACUCCUUCAGAUCAUAGCUGUGGCUAUGUGGAGAGAUGCGAAGCUUAGCACAGUCAAGCAGGUCAAGGGCAAGGUGGUAUGAGAUCCAACAAUACAGCGGAAUCAAAGCCUUCCGAUUCCUGGUUAGAUAGAUUGGCUGCCGAAUGAUUGAUUUACGGUAUAAAGAUAGAAAGUGCAAAUAGACAAAAUACCGC